ACCACUUGGCACUUGCCACCACACGCCACACCUCAGCGGCUCAUCGCCUCUGCGCGGUCUCACUUUCUCCUUGCUAUUCACUGCUACACGACUGUAUUCUGACUACGCUAUCGCUCACGACGCGCGACUUGUCCAACUUCGCGCUCUUCAUUUCCUUUCGGCCACAACAAUCUAACGACAAACGAGUACGAGCGCAAUGUCGCAGGACAAGGACAAGAGCGGGACGGUGAACGUGAAGCUGCUGCUGAUCGGGAACUCGUCGGUGGGGAAGAGUAGUUUGCUCUUGCGGUUCUCGGAUGAGCAGUGGUUGCCGGAGGAGGAGGCGAGUGCGACGAUUGGGGUGGAUUUUCGGAUACAUAAGUUGGAGGUGAAGGGGAGGAGGGUCAAGCUUAGCAUAUGGGACACGGCGGGCCAGGAGAGGUUCCGGACGAUCACGUCGUCGUAUUACCGAGGCGCGCAGGGUGUGUUUUUGGUGUACGACGUUGCGAAUCGCGAGUCGUUCGACGCGCUCCCGCGGUGGUUCUCUGAGCUGGACACUUAUGUCUCCAAGUCGGUCGUGCGGAUCGUGGUGGGGAAUAAGGUCGACAAGGAGUUCUCCCGGCAAGUGAGCUACGCAGAGGGCGAGCAGUUUGCGGAGCGGAUGAACUCGCUGUUCAUUGAGGCGUCCGCGAAGACGGCGGUGAACGUCAAGCAGGCGUUCCAGGAGGUCGUAGAGAAGAUCAUGGACACGCCUGAGCUUUGGGAGACCACCGCUCCGAGGCGCCGUGGGACUGGCGCGGGCGGUUCGGGGCGGGCGGGAAAUGAGGGCGAUAUGCCUGGGAGUAUUGAGCUUCCGCAGGUAGAGGGUGCGGCUGCGGAGGGUGGGUGUUCUUGUUGAGUGGGAGGUGUGUGUCGGUGGUCGGUGUUGGGCUGGGUCUGGCGGUGGCGAGUUCGUGACGGAGUGGACUGUCCGAUUACUUAGAGGGUACGCGACUGGUAGUCAGCAGAUACCCGUGUUUUUAUCGACGCUGCUCUCUCUGAGGGUGGAGGUGGCGUUCGCUGUAUUCAUGUAGCUUACUUUGCUCGCUUUUUGAUUAUUUUCUCACAUCUUCCUGAAUAGUUUUUCGUCGUGCGACUUGCUGUCAUCCGGGUCAUCCCAGAGUGACUCCAUUGCAAUCAUACAUGGGACAAAACAAAUUGUG